UGGGAUUCAGCUGAUUUGAUUUUUUUCUUUGUUUUCCCACUCGGCACGGGGACAGGUGGAAUUAUAUUCGCAAUUUCUUCUUUUUUAAUGCAGUAGAGAGAAAUCUUAAACAGUUACAAUGGCCAUGAACGAAGAGGCGCAGCAGCAACUGCAGGAAAUCACCGACUUGCUGGUGGCCGCUGGCUAUUUUCGAGCGCGAAUCAAAACACUGCCGGCCUUCGACAAAGUCGUUGGCGGAAUGGUCUGGUGCAUUGAAAACUGCAACUUUGAUGUUGACGUGGACCUCCUCUUCCAGGAAAAUUUAACCAUCGGACAGAGAAUUGCUUUGACCGAAAAAAUCGUCACAGUUUUGGGCCAUAUGAAAUGUCCUCACAGAAUCGAGCCGCAUCAAAUCCAAGGCUUGGAUUUUAAAAAUAUUUUCAGCGCCGUUCAAUGGCUGGUUAAAAAAUCUUUGGAAACUAGGCAUGAGCGAGGUGCUCAGAUACGAAGCUUGUCAGUCAGCAAAUUCAACCGAAUGUUUCCAUCUGGACAAGAUAAAUCUGAGAGAGAAACCCAUCUUAAGGCUGCCAUUGAUGCCUAUGGCGUUGUUCGCAAGUUCAGACGUCAAGGGAGGCGGCCUGAGGAUGAAGCAUCCAGUGUCGAGAGCACACUUUUUGAGUACAGUGGCCGAUCAUUGUGGACAGGAGAAGUUGAAGAGAAAGACGAACUUAGAAAGGUUGAGGAGUUGAUGGGAGAAAUGUCCAUAGCUGAAGAUGUUGAGAGUUCAAAACUGACUGCUCUGGCGGUUGAGAGCUUCUUGAGGAAUGUUGAAGAGAAAAAAAUUGAGAGUAAAGUUGAGACCCCGGCAGACAAUCUGCAGAGAAAAAAAUCGUUGCUGGAGCGUCAAAAAGAAGUACUGGUCUCAACCCUUGCAAAUACUAAAGCUGAAAAAAUCGAGGUUCAAAGAGAACUCGUCAAGUCUGAGGAAAAACUGGAAACUUUGUUGCAAUCUCAGCAAAAGCUAGACGAAGAAACAGAACAGAUUUCUAGCUUGUAUACAUCUGGAAACCAAGAAAUUGUUGAGCAGCUUAUUCGUAAAGUGGAGGAACUGGAAAGGCUCAAGAAAGACGAGGAUGCAUUUAAGCAACAAUGCCAUGAAGAACUUGAGGAGCUACAAAAUAAAAUGAGAGAUUUCCAAACAGAUUCAGGAGAGUCUCGAGAUUUUGUACCCUCAGAUAAACUGGAGGAGCAGAAAAAAGAGCUGGCAGCUUUGCGAAUCCAUUUAGGAAAGCUAAACCGGAACAUCGCUUCUAUGGAAAGGCACAUCGACGAAGUGCCCGGGAGGGCUGAAUUGGCCCAGUAUCAAAAACGCUUCCUUGAGCUUUAUACACAAGUUGCUGACAAGCAUAAAGAGACAAAGCAGUACUACACCCUUUACAACACACUCCAUGACACACAUUCCUAUCUGAAGAAAGAGUUAGAUCUUCUAAAUUCCAUCCAAGAGAGCUAUAAUUUGGCGAUGAUGAGCUCUUCAGGCAAGGAACAGUUUUCAGAGCAGUUCAAGCAAAUUGUUGAACGAGUGCGCCAAAAUAAGACAAAGAUCGAAGCCAAGUAUAAUGAAGAGAAGUCAAAGCGUGACCAGCUAAGCCAAACUUUGCUUCACCUAGUUGAACAAGAGAGAAGCUACGUCAAUGCAGUCAAACAGCUCACAAUUGAGUGUCGCAAAAAUGAAGAUUUGCUUGCCUGCGUUCGAAAUAGGACUGCUCAGCAGUAAUUUAUUGGUACACCAUCUGUUACUGGUUUAAAACAAGUAAUACUAUGUGAUUGAAUUAAAAUUGUCAAAUUUUACCGCAAUAAUUUUUUAUGUAAAAUCAAGCAUUGUAAGAAAAUUAUUAAAAUUAAAAAACCCCUGAUUAAU